AUGGAUUUGUGGGAGAAGGCGAAGGUCUUCGCAGAGGAGGCGGCGAAGAGGUCGCAGGAGAUCUCCAUGGAGGCGGCGAAGAAGUCCCAGGGGCUCACGAAGGGAGCCGCCAAGUUCCAGGAGUUUGUCUCCGAGACCGCGAAGAAGUCCAAGGAACUGGCCGUCGAGGCCGGUAAGAAGGCGGACCAGAUCAAGGUCGAGGCCAUGAAGCGUGCGGAUCAGAUCAAGACCCUGGCGGGGGAGAUCCCGGGGUCAAUCCAACCAUUGGUGAAAGGUUUGCCGUUGCCCGUGGCGGAGGCUGCUGUUCAGUCAUCGGAUCUGGAGAGGUACGGGAUCACCGAGGAGCUCCGGGAGUUCGUAAAGGGGAUCACUCUAAGCACUUUCAGGGAUUUCCCGAUGGAAGGUAACUCCUCGAUUGCCAGAUGCUCGUCUGGUGCUCAUUGCUUUCGCUCGUUCAUUUCUGAUAGUCGUAUUAACACAGUCGAUCUUUUCUCCGUUUGAAAAUUUGGAUUCUACCGGAGAAUUUUCCUCUCAUUCUGAAUUAUGUUGUUCUCAUCAUGUUCCGUUGAUAUCACCUUGUGCAUUUUGUUUAGUUUUUCCUUCCUCUAUAGUCAUAGGUUGUUUUUAGGCAUUGGGAUGCUAAAUUUUUUGUGUAACUCCUAGAUUUUGAGACAACUCGGUGCAACGUAUGACACUGCCUUGGAAUUUAUUUCUACACAAUGUCUUAACAGCAUUUCGGAAUCCAUUAAUCCACAUGACGCAUUUCUGCAAGCAGCAUUUAGUUUAAACAUCAUACCAUCCUUUUAUGUCUCUGUAGACCUUAUUGGAUUUUCUGAAUGAUCUCGAGUUCUGAAGUGGGACUGCUGAUGCCUCGUCAUUGCAAUGUGCAUAGCUGACUUUCUGUCAUAUGUAUGGGAGUCAUUUUUAAAUUUUGAGUUGGAUUUUUGAAUAUCUACUCCCAUUUUCAAGGAAAACAAGAUAGAUUAACUCCCUGAAAGGUGAUCCUGGCUGUCAACCAAUUGUAACCAAUCAUUCUUUUCCUUUUGGGCAAGUUAUCUUAAUUGAUCACAUUUUUACAUUAUUUGUAAUAUCAUUAGCUAAUGGUAUGCCCAUCAUAAAAACAAAAUAGAUUCUCUAGCUCGUCAUUUGCUUUGUUUUUUGUAUGCCACUCUUUCAUACAAUCUUCACGGUAUGUCUCGUUAACAGAAUAACUCUGUAAUUAGAGCGCCAUGAAUGUGCAUCCAAGGGCAUCAUUCUAGUCCACUGGUCAUGCGUCAUUUUUUACUUAAAAUUUCUGUGCACUGGAAAAUGUGCAUCAAUCCACACAUCAAUGAAGAUAUUAUUUUUCAUAUAACACUAUACAUCUUCCCUAUUAUAAUACAAUGAUAUUUUGUCUCUUUAAUUUUUUUACUAAUACUUUUUUGAUUUCGUUGUCUUCAAUUCUAUGCAAAUAUCUAGAAGGUUGACGAUCAUUAAUACCAACCAGGUCAAAAUACUUCAAAAUUAAAUUGGUUUAGUUGAUUUUGAUGGUGUCCUCUUUAUCAGUUUACAACGUCUGUUUCUUCCAAACACCUUUCAUGUUUGCUUUCAAUACACUAAAAAGUGUGCUGCUACUGCUCCUCUCUCUUUCAUACAUUUUUAUCUGAUCAAUUAGCUUCUCUCAAAGUAUUGGGUUCAACUUAUUGUAGAAGUCCAGACCUUAGGUUUUCAAUUUAAGUCUCACUGGCAUUCUUAUUUGUGCAUUUAUAUAGUACCUUAGUAGUAGACUUUUACAAGCCAUUCAAGUCGCAGCUUGGAGCUUGCUCUUCUUCAGAGCUCUCUAAUGUCACGUAUCUUCAAAUUCUGAUGCCUCCGUCUGGUUGUAUCAUUAUGCUUCCGCCUUCCUGUCUAGACUGUUGCCGUGACAAAGUAGAAUGCUAUCUACGCAUGCAUUUAAUAAUUUUUUCCUUUUGCAAUUUAGCAAUUACAUUUCAUCGCUGAGUUGAGAACAACUUUCUGCUGGUGUUCAUAGUUUAGCCGAUUAUUAUCCUAUAUCAGCUUUUUCUUGGAUCAGUAUUUCAUUAUUUUCUUGAUAUAUAGAUGAACCGGAAAUGUCUGAGGUUCCCACUGUCUCAAAUGUUCGGCAAGAUCUUAGUGAAUGGCAAGCAAAGCAUGCAACCCUUGUUCUCACCACGGUCAAGGUACUACUGUCCAAGGGCAGACUAUGCUGGUUUUUGUUUGUUAUCUGCGUGUUCCUUUUUUUUCUGCUCAGAAUGGAUUUUUCAUGGUCUCGAAGAUAUGAUGAAAGAGUGGUCUAUUGUAUAUUGACGGAUCAGUGGAAUAUUAUAAAUCCUGUUUGCUAUUAUUUCAAGUUUUGAAGAAAUUUCGAAAGUGGGUUCAUGAUCAAGAAGUUUCUUUAUGCAUAUUUUUUGCGACGUGAUUAUGAAAACUGGCAAUAUUAAAUCAAGCAAAAGUGAGAUUGAUACUGAAACUUAGAACUAGGAUCAUUGGAGACUGAUAUGACAUUGGACGAGUGUUAUGAAUCCUCCUUAGCUGGCCUUUGUAAGAAAAUAUUUCUUUCAAAGUCAGGGAAAAAUAGCGUAAUUAAAUCGCAAUUUAUGCCACAUCCUGUAAAAAGCAGACGACGAUAGUUCCACAGAUUUAGCAAAAAUGGAAAUGUUAUAAGUGAACUUCAGAAAUGGGACUGUAUGGUUAUUGAUGGAAAAUGUAAACAUAAUUUUACUUAAGCAGACUGAUUAUAAGAAUUUAAUGGUGAACCAUAUAUCAUCGGUGCAAUAAUGAUGAUGCAUAAAGCAAGCUUGGGCUUUAAUAAUCCUCGAGCCCUUUAUUGUAUUUGUGAUCGUGAACCUGCAACCUCAUCUAUUAAGUUUAUUUUGCUGUGUUGGGAUGGAAGCAAUGCUGAUUUCAUUAUUCAGUGCCCUAUGGAACACUGUUGUCUAUCACUCUCUUUCUCAUUUCAUGCAAAAAAAUGUCCAUUUUUACCGAGAGAAUGGAUGCAUUCAGUAAACAUGUAAGCAUUCAAUUGAUUAAAUAUAUUUUAGGAAACUAUUUUUUUGUAUGAUUGGCUAUUUUUUAGUCACUUCGUUGGAUAUAUCUCAUGUUUAAUCGACCUGUGGACAUUGAAAUGCGAUGCAUGGUAAUCGGGAUUCUGACAUGGAAAUCCGACUGCAGGAGAUAUGAUGUUCAGCAUUUAAUCUCAUGUUUACAUGAUUAGGUGUCCUGGGACUUUAGCGCAUGAAUAAUUCAGUAUGGUCAUGGAACAUGCUAGUCUAGAAGCGCUUCGUGUGAAGAGGAAUCCGAAUCCUGGGUCAUGAACUAAAAUGAAGGCUCAGAAAACCGAGGAGAUGCAGACCACAAGGGUGGAUUAUACUCGUUCGGAAUCGAUUCAUGAAAACUCUCUUCCACCUUGGGAAACACGCUUCUCAGCAGGAAUGAUGCUUUCAUGAAAUAAAUAGGCUUUGCCAGGAUAAAUAGAUAAUCUCAGAAUAUAUAGAUAAAAAGGAAUGAUGAUUUUCGUCUUAAUCCCAGUUGUGUAUCUUCCCAUCAGAAGACUUGGAGCUGUCAGAGCAAUGCAGUGCAUCCAUCGAGGCACUUUUCUUAUAUAUUCUUCAACCCCUUGCAGGAGAUUUCCAAGUUCAGAUACGAGUUAUGCCCGCGGUAUAUGAAAGAAAGGAAAUUCUGGCGGAUAUACUUCGUCCUCGUCAGCAGCCACGUGUCCCCGUGAGUACAUUCUUCAUCACUCCGCGGUGUAUGAAGGACGACCUUACUUUUAGUCUGGGAAGCUACAUUGACCAUGCGUCGUCUGUGGGAUUCAUCCAUUCUUUCUUCAGUUACGAGAAGCAGUUCAUGGAGGAGUCCAGAGAGAAGGCGGCCCAGCAGGAACAAGAGUCAAAGCCGAAGGAAUCUGGAACAGGUCAACCGGCCUACACACCGGCAGAGAAAGAGGCAAAGUCAAAGGGCAAGGCUUCGACUUCGGACCAUGACUUGGACAUCUUCCUCCUAGGUGACGGCAGCAGUGACGAGGCCCCUGGUAGGGAAUACCCACCCAUUUUCCAUCCAUUUAUGGUGGAACCAGUCUGAAGAACACCAUUACUAAUAAAAAUGUCAGAUGAUGGAGAUGAUGCUCUGGACGACGACGAUGAUUUGGACAAGAUCGAUGACAACCCGGUGAGCCCACCAUCGCCUCUCUUCUCUCUCUUCUCUCUCUCUCUCUCUCUCUCUCUCGCUCACCAAACCUGGAGGAACUCCAAGGGCUCAGAUCCUUCUCGACCCACUAAUUAUAGGUUAAUUACUUUCGGAAAACCUUCCGAAAAUGGGACCACAGCCUCGUUUUUACCGGCUUCUCUCUCUAGCAUCUGUUGUCAGUACGCUGAAGGCAGUGAAGAAUGAAUGACCGUGAUUUCCCUAAGUUUGUCCGCAUAUUGGAGCCUGAUGAGAAAUUAUAUGCUCUCAGGCUUAGGAGGUCCAGAUGA